GGGGGCGCGGGAAGCCCCGGCGCCGCGCGCCCUUUGAGCGACACGCUCCGCCCCUCCCCCCCCCCGCGGAGGCCACACCAUGCCCAGGAAACACCUUCGGGAGAUCACCGACUUGAGCAGCAAUGUCACGACCAGCUUCACCUGGGAGUGGGAUUCUAGCAAGACGUCAGAGCUGCUGUCGGGCAUGGGGGUCUCGGUCCUGGAGAAGGAACAAGAAGACAGCGAGAACAUCCCCCAGGAGCUGCUUGUGACUCUCUGCCCCCCGCAGAAGCGGCAGAAGCUCAAAGGGAAGGACAAGGACUUCGUCAUUGCCCGGAGACCCCGGCUGCUGCGAGAAACCUCCUCAGGUAUUUCUUGGGAUACCCUACCAGAUGAAUUGCUUCUGGAAAUCUUUUCCUAUUUACCUCUGCACGACCUUCUGAAAAUCUCCCAGACUUGUAAGCGAUGGCACCGUCUGUCGUUGGAUGAAUCACUGUGGCAGACACUAGACCUGUCGGGUAAAAACCUGUUGCCGGGGGUGAUGGGGCGGCUGCUGGCUGUGGGCGUGGUUGCCUUCCGCUGCCCCAGAUCCUGUGUCGACCAGCCCUUAUUUCAGAACUUCAGGCCACUCCGUGUGCAGCACAUGGACCUGUCCAACUGCAUCGUGAAGGCGGCCACCCUACAAAGCAUUCUUUGCCGGUGCAGCAGACUGCAAAACCUCAGCCUGGAGGGAUUAGAGCUCUCCGAUGUCAUUGCUAGAGACAUUGCUCGGAAUUCAGAGUUGGUGCGGUUAAAUCUCUUGGGCUGCUCUGGGUUUUCUGCCUCGGCCCUGGAAGAUCUGCUGAGCAGCUGUUCCAAACUGGACGAGUUGAACCUCUCUUGGUGCUGUGAUUUUACGGCCGAACACGUUCAGGUAGCGGUCAGCCACGUUUCAGGGACUGUGACCCAGCUGAAUCUCAGUGGAUACCGACAGAAUCUGCAGAGAGAAGAUGUGACGACCUUAGUGGAAAGAUGUCCCAAGCUCGUCCAAUUAGAUUUAAGUGAUAGCGUCAUGCUGAAAAGCGACUGCCUUCAGGAAUUUCACCAGCUCCUCUACCUCCAGGACUUGUCGCUCAGCCGAUGCUACGAGAUCUCUCCUGCAGCACUACUAGAACUGGGUGACAUUCCCAUGCUAAAGACACUCCAGGUGUUUGGAAUAGUGACAGACAGUUCCCUUCAAGUGCUGAAAGAAACACUUCCUCACCUGAAGAUCAACUGUUCUCACUUCACCACCAUCGCCAGACCAACCAUUGGCAACAAAAAGAACCAGGAGCUCUGGGGCAUCAAAUGCCGCUUGACACUGCGCAAUCCAAGUAGCCUGUGAUGCUCAGAUAUCUCGUCUCUUCCCUCUUCACGGAGCGAGAAGCCGCCACCCUGGAACUCCUCUGAGAGCCUUUGGAGACGACGGCGUGCUACCUUGUGCCUCUCUCCCCAGUUUGAGUAGUGUUAGACUGUCGGUUUGAGAGAAAAAUCAUUCAGUAUUGCAGAUCCCUAUCAAAGGUUAGAAAUGAAUUGCUUUUAGAAAUAGGGGGGAGUUGCUUGUUGCCCUCUUAAGGCCUUUGUGUCUAUUGCCUCUGUCUACCUCUUUGGGUUAGAGGCGAGGGAAUGAUCAUUGUUUGAGGUUGGUUUGGGUGGUAGCUUGACGGCACCUCCGUUCUUCCCAGGGUUUUUCAAGAUCAACUGAAUGUGCGUAAAGGAAAUAACUGUAUAGUAAUUAUGACAACGAUUUAGAUCUGUUUUUGUUUUUAUUUGCUAGUAGGCCUUUAGAGGGUGGCUCGAAUAAGCCAUGAAGUUGUUUAAGUGAGGUGGUAAGGGAGGCUUUUAUGCUCUUGGCAAAAUUAAAUGUACCUGUGGAAGCUAAAUUCGGUGGAUCUUAAGGCAUUUGGGGUGGAGGACUGAGAAAGGGGGUGGAUUAGAGGGGAAUGUCUGAGUCUGCAGGUUUCCUCCAGCUCUGAGAAGUAGCUUACUCUCCCCCUCGGUGCAAAAUGCAUCCCAAAAUGCUUAGGAGCCAGCCAGGAAGCGCCCUCAAACCACAAGAGUUAAAUAUGGCUCGGCUGUUUGGACCGUUCAUGAAAUCAUGUUUUUCUUCCCUUGCCACCUGCGGAGAUAACAUCUGAGGCAGAAAAGCUAACUGUGAGGGAUACAAUCAUGUCUAAUUUUGUCAGAUACGUUAACAUUUUGAACAUUGCUUUUGCUUUUAACUUUUAAUUGCUUACUGUCUUUCUGAUCAUUAGUGUUAAAGACAUUCUUAUCCUAAGGAGAAUCACUUUUCGAUCAAGGUUUUGGGGAGAAUCCUUCAACCUACUUGCUCUUCUCCCUUCUCUUUGAGAAGUCCCUUAAACACCCCUCUUACAUUAGUGGAAUCAAGAGUUUAUUCACUCUUAAAGCAGAAAGUGUCCUUUCUGCCUCCUGCUUCCCCUGUCUGGGCUCCAGAGGAGUUCUUUUCUCUAGUGAAAUUUGCAAUUUGAAUUCACAAUGGUAGUAACCAAUUGUAUGGUGGCCUGAGUCCUGGCCAGCAGCUGUUGAAACAUUGCAGAGAGUUGGAAUCUCUUUAGGGCCUCUUACAAAGGCCCAGAAGCCAUGAACCCAGUUUAUUCUGCUCACCUCUUUCUAAUAGUUAAAGAGAACGUCGUUUUUUCUUCCUACCAUCUCUUUCCCAAAAAACGGAAAAAGACACUUUACAUUGGUAAUUUCUUGCUGGAAGUUCUCUAAUAACUGUGACGGGCAGACUCUUGUGCUUCUCACUAGCUAACAAUGGGAGCCAGGGAGAGAAGGCUGGGGAGGGAGUCAAAGAGGGAUCCCUCUGGUCUCUGGUUUUAGCAGAAGUCACACACAGCAAAGUACUGUUCACACAAUAACCAGAUAAACUGAGGAGAUUGGGGACCCCCUUCAAGUUGGAUUUUGACCUUUGACUACAUGGUGAAACAGUUAAACCUUUGUUUUACAGUGAUUUGUAGUAGUAUUAUUUUUGUACAUGAUCUCUACUUUUAUAGAUUGUUUUGAAAUAAAAGGACUAUUUUACACAUCAA